GAGUAGGUGCCACGGUGCUGUGUCUGGUAGCGGGUUGUUCUAGACGGGAGUGGAGUACCAGCUCAGCUACCUCGCUAUAGCUGUGCAUCACCAGCGACCCGGUCUCGCUUUCAUACAGCUGUUUUUCCUCCUCUUCGGCGGGUGCUGCUUUCCUCUUUCGGCCAACAUCAAGCAAAUGGUCCAGUUUUGCACCUCAGCAGGGCAUGAGAGUUGAAUUCAAUUUCAGUUAAAUUUUGGACAGAAAACGGGGAAAUAAAGGAGAGAGUUUUUCCCCAGGAUAUUAUUUGGAGUUAUGCCAGUUCCAGAUCAGCCUUCUGCAUCUGAAAAGACCACCAUGCUAAGUCCUGUACUUAAUGCCUCCAAUGGGGAUGGAUCUGAGACAGAGACAACUUCUGCAAUCCUGGCUUCUGUUAAAGAACAAGAGUUGCAGUUUGAGAGAUUGACUCGAGAAUUAGAGGCCGAACGACAGAUUGUUGCCAGCCAACUAGAGCGAUGCAAGCUUGGGUCUGAGACUGGCAGCAUGAGCAGCAUUAGUUCAACAGAAGAGCCAUUUCGAUGGAACACCCAAGACGGUCAGAAGGAUAUUGAGGAUGAGCUCACUACUGGCCUGGAGCUAGUGGACUCCUGCAUAAGGUCUCUCCAAGAGUCAGGGAUACUCGACCCUCAGGACUAUUCUUCUAGUGAAAGGCCCAGUCUCCUUUCCCAGAGUGCACUGCAGCUCAGUUCCAAUCCAGAAGGUUUCCAGUACACAGCCAGCUACCAUAGUAACCAGACCCUUGCCCUGAGCGAUUCAUUGGCGUCUCAGUUCCCUACGCGCAGUGGUCAAGUUGGAGGUGCAGUUCAGAGCUACAACCAGGUCACAUCCAGUCGUGCAGCCCAUUUAUCUGGAUCUGAUCCUUCUCAGUUCCAGUCAAGAGAGUCCUUUGUACCAAGCCAUGGGAGUGCCUUCCACUUGCCUGACUCUCAGCACACAUCUACUGCCUACUACUCCAGCUCGACCCUGCCAGCACAACGUGUGAGCUCCCCACUCUCCAUGCACCAGGGAGGAUCUCCUAACAAGCUUCAACGUGUGGGCUCGACUUCAGAAAACUCUGGCUACUGCACCACCCAGCGGAUCUCGUCUCCAAAGCAGUCCCCUAGCCGACUGGCCAAGUCCUACAGCACCAGCUCUCCCAUUAACAUUGUGGUGUCUUCAUCUGGGCUCUCCUCCUCUCCCAUCCGGGUCGCCUCACCACCAGGGGUCCAGGCCGGCCUGUCCUCAUCCUCGCCUGUCCACCAGAUCAGCUCCACGGUGGGCAAUUACGCCACGCUGUCCCCAACGAAGCGACUGGUGCACACUUCUGAUCAGUACAAGCACUCCCAUGACCUGUAUGCCACAGCCACUCUGCAGAGACCUGGCAGUCUAGCAGGAUCCCGGGGGUCAUACAGCAGCCAGCAUAGCCACCUGGGCUCUGAGCUUCGCACUCUGCAGUCGCCAGAGCAUCAUAUUGACCCUAUCUUUGAGGACAGGGUCUACCAGAAGCCACCUAUGAGGAGUCUCAGUCAAAGUCAAGGGGAUCCGCUGCAGCUUGCGCACACUGGCACUUAUCGCACCAGUACAGCCCCGUCUUCCCCUGGUGUUGACUCCGUACCCUUGCAGCGCACAGGCAGCCAGCAAGGCCCUCAGAACGCCACGGGCACUUAUCAGAGAGCCAGCUAUGCAGCAGGCCCGGCCUCCAAUUAUGCAGACCCCUACCGCACUCUUAAGUACUGCCCUUCCAUGGAUUCACCAUACAGCAAAUCUGGGCCAUCCAUCCCACUGGAGGGGACCUUGGCAAGGUCACCUUCCAUUGACAGCAUUCAAAAGGAUCCCAGGGAGUUUGGAUGGCGAGACCCAGAGCUUCCUGAAGUUAUCCAGAUGCUGCAGCACCAGUUUCCGUCAGUGCAGUCUAACGCUGCAGCCUACUUACAGCAUCUCUGCUUCGGAGACAACAAAAUUAAAUCAGAGAUAAGGAGACAAGGUGGGAUCCAGCUUCUGGUGGAUCUCCUCGAUCAUCGAAUGUCAGAGGUGCACAGAAGUGCUUGUGGAGCGUUGAGAAAUCUGGUGUACGGAAAGGCAAAUGAUGACAACAAGAUUGCUCUGAAAAACUGUGGGGGGAUUUCUGCACUGGUCCGGCUGCUGCGCAAGACCUCGGACCUGGAGAUAAGAGAGUUGGUCACAGGAGUACUCUGGAACUUAUCCUCAUGUGAUGCACUGAAGAUGCCAAUCACCCAGGAUGCCCUUGCUGUGCUGACAAACGGCGUGAUAAUCCCCCACUCUGGCUGGGGCACCGCUCCACACCAGGAGGAUCGCAAACUGCAGCUCCAUUCAUCACAGGUGCUGCGCAACGCCACAGGGUGCCUGAGAAAUGUCAGUUCUGCAGGAGAAGAGGCACGCAGGAGAAUGAGGGAGUGUGAUGGACUCACUGAUGCAUUGCUAUACGUGAUUCAGUCUGCUCUUGGGAGCAGCGAGAUUGAUAGCAAGACCAUUGAAAACUGUGUCUGUAUCUUGAGGAACCUCUCAUAUCGGCUAGCUGCGGAAACAUCUCAGGGACAGCAGAUGGGGACGGAUGAGCUUGAUGGAUUGCUUUGUGGGGAUGCCAAUGGCAAGGACACAGAGAGCUCAGGCUGCUGGGGAAAGAAGAAGAAGAAAAAGAAGUCCCAGGAUCAGUGGGACGGUGUUCUCCCAGAGUCUGCGGACCCUCCAAAAGGGAUCCAGAUGUUGUGGCACCCUUCAAUUGUCAAACCCUACCUCACGCUCCUCUCAGAGUGCUCCAAUCCUGACACGUUGGAAGGGGCAGCAGGAGCUUUACAGAAUUUGGCAGCAGGAAGCUGGAAGUGGUCUGUGUAUAUCAGAGCCGCGGUCCGCAAGGAGAAAGGUCUGCCUAUCCUGGUAGAGCUGCUACGAAUAGACAAUGACCGUGUGGUGUGUGCAGUUGCUACAGCUUUAAGAAAUAUGGCCUUAGAUGUGCGAAAUAAAGAACUUAUAGGCAAGUACGCUAUGCGUGACCUGGUCCAUCGUCUACCUGGAGGAAACAGCAGCAGCGGCAACAGCACAGUCAGCAAGACCAUGCCGGACGACACCGUAACUGCCAUCUGCUGUGCUCUGCACGAGGUCAUAACUAAAAACAUGGAAAACACCAAGGCUUUACGAGAUGCAGGUGGAAUAGAGAAGCUAAUCGGCAUUGCAAGAAGCAAAGGAGACAAGCACUCACCAAAGGUGGUGAAAGCAGCAUCUCAGGUCCUCAGCAGCAUGUGGCAAUACAGGGAUCUGCGUAGCCUCUACAAGAAGGAUGGAUAUUCACAGUAUCAUUUUGUUGGCUCUUCUUCAACAAUAGAGAGGGACAGGCAGAGACCAUACUCCUCUUCCCGCACACCUUCUAUCUCCCCAGUUAGAACAUCUCCCAACAAUCGUUCAGCAAGUGCCCCAGCCUCCCCUCGAGAGAUGGUCAGUCUCAAGGAAAGGAAGACAGACUACGAGUCGACUGGAACAAAUGCAAGUUACCAUGGUAACAAAGGAGAGCACACUUCCAGGAAAGACACCAUGGCAGUUCAAAUCUCAAGUGGAACAUCAACAUUGUUCCGGAAUUCUUAUGUUAACCCGAGUGAAGAUAUCAAACAAAACCAGGUUUCUCAGCCUCUCCCUCAAGACAGCGCCAAGAAAGACUACGAGACGUAUCCGCCAUUUCAGAACUCCACCAGAAACUACGAAGACUCAUUAUUUGAGGAUCAAGUGCAUCACCGCCCUCCGCCCACCACUGACUACAAUAUGCAUCUGGGACUGAAGUCAACAGGCAACUAUGUGGACUUCUAUUCAGCUGCUCGUCCCUACAGUGAACUAAACUAUGAAACAAGCCACUACCCAGCUUCUCCAGACUCCUGGGUUUAGGACAGGUCCGCAAGCAAAGACCACAGGAGGACCGUGCAUGUGCAUGCAUACCACAAGACAUUUUUCAGCAAGUUUAGUUUGUCAAAGCUUGUUCCAUAGAAAGGUUCCUUUUAACAGUAUGUGGGGGUGAAAAUGGAAGAUCUGGGGUAAAGUGUAAAGAAAGAGUAAAUGAAAGAUGGCAGGGUGCUAAUAAAUUUGUGGGAAGUAAAAACCUUGACCUUUUAAGUCAAGUCAAAAAUAUUGUUGUGGGUAGCUAGAAUGUUGAAGAUGGCAAGAGGGAGUAAACCGAGGGACUCUAGAAAGAUAAUUAUGUGAAGCACAAGAAAAUGAACUGUUUACACAAGCUAUUGGGAUGGCUUUUCACAUUUUACUUCUUUGUGAAUCAGUGGUUCAACUUGCAUUUUGAAGCUUCUUGUGUUUGGGAAAAUACAUUUAGCCUUUUCUCUAAUUUUUACUUUUUUUUUUUUUUUUUGUUAAUGCUUCAUUGUAAAGUAUUUCAUGUACAUUACAGAGAUGCAAGUGCAUUGUGUAUAUUACACUGAUACCACCGUGUACCUUCAUCAGUGGCUCUAAAUAUUCUUUCCAUUUAAAAAAAAAAAAAAAGAAAAAAAAGAAAAAAAAACUUUGGAAAGAUGUAUGAAUUACCAACCUUUCCUUUCCUAAGAAAAAUGUGUUUUAACAGCAAGAAGGAAGUAUUUAGCAGUCUUGUUCGUUCUGAUAAUGUGAAUUUGUUUGUGGCAACUAAACAGAUGUUUUAAGCAGUUCCAGACAGUAAACGAACAUCAUUCCACACUCCGUGUCAAUGAAGUGCUUUUUCACUGCCUAAACCUUUAGAUAUAGAUAUUUGAAAUAGAUUUUUUUUCACUUAAACCAGGUUUUUCUUUAUGAUGAUACGGUGUUUAAAGAUAAUACAUUCAAAUUUGUUUGUCAUCCAUAAUUGCAUAGUAUCCACUAGUAUCUCAGCUGUCUGUGCUUAUAUAAAAGAAAAGGAUUAAAAUGUGCCAAACUAUAUUAUCACUAGUGCCAGACGUGAGAUAGUUAAGAAUUCUAGUUGAAGUUUACAUUCAAUGGCUAGUUAUUUGUUCUCCUGAUGACAAUUUGUAAAUGCUUUUUCCAAAAUGUGUUUUAAUGGAAUUAAGCUAUAUCUACAGCGUACUGGACUAUAACCAGGAGGGCAAAAUCUUUGAGAGCUUAUUUCCCUCCAAAGUUAUUUCCUCCAUAGUUCUCUCAAGUAAUGUUAGUUGGGUGUGUGUUGUCGGUGAGAACCAUGUUUUGUUUUUUAAAACAAGAGACAUUCUUUUGUUUCAGUUUACAUCAAAAAGAUUCAGAAAUCAUCCUAGAGUAAAAUGUUAAUAGAGAAUGAUAAAAAUAUAUAUAAAUAUAUAAUUUUUAUGUGCAAAUGUCAGUGUCACUAAAAGCAACAAAGUUACCAAACCCUUGUAAAAUAGAAUUAACAUUCAUGUUAUGAUCCCAACAGACACUUAAAGAUGUUGACCUCCUGUUCUGAAUUGUGUUGUUUCCAAGUUAUAUAGAUUAAAAAAAAAAAAUAAAAAAAAAUCUGGAAUUUGGGUGAUGUUCAGAUGCCAGGUCAAUAAAUUACUCUGUACAAUCUUCAGAGUUGUUUAGCAUAUUCUCAUAUUGACACACGCAUGGGUUCACAACAAAGAAAGCUCACAGACUGUACAUUGACACACGAUGCCUGAUUUUGUGUACUGUGAAAUGCAGCAAAGGGCAUACAUAACUGUAUGCCCUUUCCAGCAAACAUAAAAACAAUGUGGAUGUGUUUGGUUUGUUGCCUCUACAUUUUGCAGCUGUUAAAUGAUAUGACCCCUCUUAUGAUACACUGGUUAACAGGGUCAUUUUAGUCAUUCUUGAAAGUUGUAAUUAAUGCCCCAUAAACUUUUUUUUUUUUAAAUAGUGUUACUAUUUCUGAAGGGUUUUUGUGUUUUUUUUGUGUUUUUUUUUUUUUUUUUCUUAGUAGAUACAUUUUGGACAUAUCAGGUCUGCAGGUAUUUCUUCUAAGAUGUUAUCAGAGUAAGAGCAAAUUGAAUUUAGGAACAAAUAUAUUUAUGAUUUAUGUCCAUGGUUACUUAAUAUACAUGUAUUACCUCCUUGAUUGAAAGCCUGUUUGACCACAAUGACCUUUCUAAAAGUUCACCACAGUCAGUUUCCAUUGCUACACACUUAGCAUGUGUUUAUGAUGCUUUACUCUAUUCUAUGCCUUUACCAUUACAUUGUACAGCUCUGGCCAAAAGUUUUGCAUCACCUAGAAUUUUAAGAUUAAGACAUAAUUAAAAU